ACAAGAGGGGACAGCUGGCCCACGGAUAGGAGUAUGGGUCAGCUGGGGUUGCCUUAGCUGCUGGCUUUAAGCCAACACCCAGCCAGGGCUGGAGCCUGGGUGGAAGAAGGAUGGAGAAAAGUGGUUGGCAGGUCCAGAGAAGAGCCACCUAGGAGCAGCUGCCUGGGGAAGGUGCUCCUGGGGACUCAGAGAACUGCCCUUGUCAGCAAACCUGAGGAUUGGGACUUGGCCUAGCAGGGAUCGAACUCAGGACCUUGCGCUUGUGAGGCAGGUGGUGGAACCACUGAGCUAAAUCCCCAGCUCUCAUCUCAGAUGUGACUCCUGCCCUGGGCCGGGUCCUCUGAGUCAUGGCAGACACCAUCUUCAGCAGUGGAAAUGACCAGUGGGUCUGCCCCAAUGAUCGGCAGCUUGCGCUGAGAGCCAAGCUGCAGACAGGCUGGUCUGUGCACACCUACCAGACCGAGAAGCAGAGGAAGAGCCAGCGCCUCAGCCCGGCCGAGGUGGAGGCCAUCCUGCAGGUCAUCCAGAGGGCCGAGCGGCUGGACACCCUGGAGCAGCAGAGAAUCGGGCGGCUGGUGGAGCGGCUGGAGACCAUGAGGCGAAACGUGAUGGGGAACGGCCUCUCCCAGUGUCUGCUGUGUGGGGAGGUGCUAGGCUUCCUGGGCAGCUCGUCAGUGUUCUGCAGAGACUGCAGAAAGAAAGUCUGCACCAAAUGUGGGAUCGAGGCCUCUUCGGGCCAGAAGCGGCCCCUGUGGCUGUGUAAGAUCUGCAGUGAGCAAAGAGAGGUCUGGAAGAGGUCGGGGGCCUGGUUCUACAAGGGGCUCCCCAAGUAUAUCUUGCCCCUGAAGACCCCUGGCCAGGCCGAUGACCCCCGCUUCCAGCCUUUUUCUGUGGAGCCAGCCGAGCCAGAGCCCAGAAGCACUGAGACCAGCCGCAUCUACACAUGGGCUCGAGGGAGAGUGGUUUCCAGCGACAGUGACAGUGACUCGGACCUCAGCUCUUCCAGCCUGGAGGACAGACUCCCGCCCACUGGGAUCAGGGACAAGAAGGGCAGCAAGCCAGUGGGGGAGGCAGGUGGCAGCAUGGAGUCUCUCAGGAUGGGACUCACCGGCGCACCCAGCCACCUCUCAGGGAGUCAGAGCAGCCUAGCCAGCGAGACCGGGACAGGAUCUGCAGACCCACCAGGCGCACCCUGCCCCAGCCUGAGCCCAAGGGCCCCAGCAAAAGACACACCUGGGCGACUCCCCGCUGCUGAUGGGGCCUCCGAGGGAGGGUUUCUGCGUGGAGCCAGCUUGCCAGUGGGAGACUGAAAGCAAGAGAAAGCUGGAGCCAGGCUUCUGGAUUCUCCCUGACUUCUGACUCAACGAACCAGUGUUUGGGGGCUGAGUCUUGUGCCCCCACCUAGUGCCUUUCUGUGCCCCUCUGUGGGGAGCUCUCCUCAUCUACCAACCCCCCUCAAGCUGUGUCCUUUAUUUAUUUCCUCUCCCACACAUAUACCAUCUUCCCUGUGUUUUGGUGGGUCCUGGGUUGGGCCGGAAGGGCUGAGCUUGGCCCCUCAGGGUGAGUGCGGAAGCCCAGAGCAAGUCGGGUGAGGAGUAAGCCCACCCUUUCCCUGCCCCUCAGCUGCUCGGGGCAGGAGCACUGUCUUGCCUUCCUGGGGGACUGGUUGUUGUUUGGUUUCUUUGAAUCCCUCUAUUGGCCUGCAGGUUUUCACUCAGCCAGGCAUAUGGUUCCCCUAAGACAUUAAUUUUCUUCUCUUCAGUAGGUUGGGUUGGGCAUGAAAAAACCACUCAGUUCAAAGUGUAGUCAAAAGCUCCGGAAGCCUCCCCUGCAGAGAGUGUGUUGAUGUCCUUGCCCGCCUGCCCUUCCUGCCUUCCUCACCACUCCCUGGGGCUGGGGUUUUCCAAGGGCCCUCUCAGCUCCAAACACUUAGCUUUUCACCCUUGCUGCAUCUCCCUGGCACAUGUUAUGCUUCA